CGAUCUCAAAUCUUAUCUCCUUCUCUCCAUCUUUCUAGGGUUUUCAAUCGUAAAAUAAAAUCCCCCCUUUUCUCCCCCAAAUCUCAAAUUCCUCAAAAUCAAUUCGUUGAUUCCCCAAUUCAAUCCUUCAAAUCCAACAAAAAGAACCGAAAUUUCUAGGUUUUUUAUUGUUCUUGGUGAAUUUGAUUCACAAUGGCACCGCCAAAGAAUUCAGAGAAACCCUCGAAACAAGCAAAAGAAACAGAAUCGCAUGAAUCAAAUAAUCUAUGGGUUGGUAAUUUAACGAAUGAUACAACUGAAGAAGAUUUAAUGGAUCUAUUUGGUAAACAUGGUGAUUUAGAUACAGUUACUAGUUACGCAUCAAGAAAUUUUGCGUUUAUUUAUUAUAAACUUAUUGAAGAUGCUAAAGAGGCGAAAGAGGCUUUACAAGGAACUAAUUUACUUGGAAAUCCAUUGAAGAUCGAGUUUGCUCGUCCGGCUAAACCAGGCAAACAACUGUGGGUGGGCGCUAUUAGUUCAGCUGUCACAAAGGACCACCUAGAAAAUGAAUUUUCAAAAUUCGGAAAAAUUGAGGAAUUCAAAUUUCUCAGAGACAGAAACACUGCACUUGUUGACUACUCAAAAUCAGAGGAUGCUGCUGCUGCCCUAAAAAGUAUGAAUGGGAAGCGCAUCGGAGGUGAUCAGAUACGAGUGGAUUACUUGAGGUCUCAACCUCCAAGAAGAGAAAACUGGUCCGAGUUCCCUGACUCAAGAGAUGGACAGUUCAACAGUAGAAGGGGUAUGGGACACAGUGAUCCUUCAUUGAUGUCUGAGUCAUCCCAAUUCGGGUCCAAAAGACACAUGCAACAACCAAGUGGGAAAAGAGGACAGCAACCUAGCAAUGUUUUAUGGAUAGGGUACCCUCCCACGAUUAAGAUUGAUGAGCAGAUGCUUCAUAAUGCUAUGAUUCUUUUUGGUGAAAUUGAGAGAAUCAAAAGUUUCCCCUCAAGGAAUUAUUCUUUUGUAGAGUUUAGAAGUGUGGAUGAGGCUCGUCGUGCGAAAGAAGGUUUGCAAGGUCGUCUUUUUAAUGAUCCUAGGAUACAGAUAUUAUUUUCAAGUAGUGGACUCGCACCGGCUAAAGAUACUCCUGGUAUGUUCCCUGGAGUUAAAGGAUCUAGACCAGAUAUUUUCUUUAAUGAACCUUCGUUUGGAGCUGGAUCCAUGGACUUCUAUGGUGACGGCCGUUCUAUGGCGCACCUAGCGGCUAAAGGUAUGCCAGGUGCUAAUAUGCUGAUGAGAUCUCUUGGCCCUCAAGGUGGGUUCGAGUCUCUUUCAGCAAACCCUGAAUUGUACAAUGACUUGGCUGGGCUCAUCCAAAAUUUCUCGAAUGCAAGAAGGCACUCUCCUUCUGGAGCAGGCAUGCUUCCUUAUGGAAAAGGAAUGUGUCAAUCCGCCAGGGGUGUGUCUAGCACAUGGGAUGGACCAGAUGACCCUUAUCAAAGGGAAUCUAAGAGGUCAAGGAUUGACGGUCAUUCACCAAUUGAUGAUCGAGGUGUUUUGGGCCCAUUUGGAAGUAGUCCAAGUUUGCGGUAUCCUGGGCAGGGCCCAUCUGAAAAUGAGUUUUGUUGGCGUGGUGUCAUUGCUAAAGGCGGAACUCCUGUUUGUAAUGCUCGUUGUGUUCCCAUUGGAAAGGGGAUAGACUCUCAGCUCCCUGAAAUUGUGAAUUGCUCUGCAAGAACAGGGUUGGAUUUGCUCGCGAAACACUAUGCGGAGGCUAGUGGUUUUGACAUCGUAUACUUCUUACCGGACAGUGAAGAAGAAUUUGCAUCGUACACUGAAUUUCUCCGUUAUUUGGGAGCAAAAAAUCGUGCUGGAGUUGCAAAAUUUGAUGAUGGGACCACAUUAUUCUUGGUGCCCCCGUCAGAUUUCUUAACGAAGGUUCUUGAUGUCUCAGGUCCUGAGCGCCUUUAUGGUGUGGUUCUUAAGUUGCCCCAGCACCUGCCGAGUAACACUGCCCAGGUGCAACAACAGUCGCAACAACCUAUUCCUCCAUCACCAUACACUAAUAGGCAACAAUUACUUCCUUCCCGAAAUGAUUAUAGCUUGCCUCAGAAGGACGAGCACGUUUAUAUUAAUAGGUUACCUCAUGUUGAUUCGACGGCUCAUCACCAGAAACAGCACAGUGAAGGAUCCCCUUUGAUUCCAUCUGCGCCUCAAGAUUAUUCCAGAAAUCCUACAUCAUUGCCCCAGGGGGGAGUGUCCCUACCUCCUGAGCUUCUUGCCACCUUAACUUCUCUGUUACCGCCCAACUUUCAGUCUUCAGUUACUAAUAGUGCUCAGUUACCGGUGGUCUCCUCUGCGCAGAGGCCUGCAUCGAAUUUAAUCUCAUCACAAGGAUGGAGACAAGAUCAUCCGACUAAUGUUACUGGGUCUCUACAUCAUCCACGAGAGGAUCAAUCAGCUCAGCAAGCCCAACACUUAGUGCAUCAGUUUGGUAAUCAGCCACCAUCUUCACAGUAUCAUCCUGGUUAUGCAAAUGUUUCUAAUGGAUCUGAGAACCUAGCUCAAACCAUAUAUGGCAGUACACAAAUCCAGGAUCCCGUUCUCAACACUCCACAGCAGCAGGGUGGUGUCUCCUCUAGAAUACCGAGUAAUUUCGCGAACCCUUCUCAGGGCUCACAUUUUGUUCCUCAGCAGGUCAACCAACAGUUCCAGUUUGAUCCCUCCCAGACUUCUCAGAGAAGCUAUGGUGGCAGUUCACACCCAAACAAUGCUGCAGGACAGUUCCGUGCACCAGGCUUUGAGCAGCCUAAGCUUCCAGUUACCUCGUCUACUCAGGUGCAACAACUGCAAUCAGCUCUAUCAAGUGCUGGCCAAGGAUCAGCGGAUGGUGAUGCUGAUAAGAACCAAAGAUAUCAAUCGACGUUGCAAUUUGCUGCAAACCUUCUUCUUCAGAUACAGCAGCAACAAGGAAACUCUCAGGCUGCACAAGGACCUGGCAAUCAUCAAUGAGAACUGCUUCAUGUCGGGCAUGGGUAAAUGCAAAAUGGCCAUCCAGUACAUAUUCCUUGCAAACUACCUCGCUCCACACAAAACCCGCCGAGACGUCGACCUGGGAAGCAGAGAGGAAGCCAGAGGAGAAGACGAUUGUUACCAAAUACAAAUGCAACUUUUUCACCGCAGGAUCAAAUGUAACUUUUUUCCCCACAGGAAGUACUGUGGAUCUUUCAGGUGGCCAAAAGCGGAUAAGGGCUGAAAGAAAAACAAAAAAAAAACCUAUGUUUUCUUAUCAGUUUCGAUUUAUUUUUUAUAUAAAAAAUUAUUUUAUUCUCUCUAA